GCUUUUCAUAUCUCCCUCUCACUGGCAUUCGCUCGUCGACUAUUGUCCGCAGCAGGUUUAAAACGCCUUUCUUGCGACUCACUUAUCAACGAUACGACCAUGCGAUUCUACCUCUCAAUUUCUCGCGCCCAGCUGGCAGCAGCCGUUUUUGUCGCGCUCGUCUCUCAUGGAAUUCUGUCCAAUGCGCAGUUGGCAGAUGAUGAAUCAAAAAUACAUGUUGUCAACGUGGACGUUUACUAUGAAUCAUUAUGCAGUGAUAGCAUGCGAUGGAUAACACGUCAACUCGUGCCAUGGUAUCUAGAAUUUAGACGUCAUAUUAACGUCACAUUGAUUCCUUAUGGGAAAGCUACGCGCCAUCGCGAAAGCGAAACCGGUCCAUGGCAGUUCUCCUGUCAACAUGGGCCUAACGAAUGUCUUGGGAAUAAGGCUCAGGCAUGUGGGAUUCACGCCAUACAGUCCUCCGAGGCAGCCGAGAAUCAUCAGCGACUGAUGAUCAAUCUGAUCGGUUGUGCAAUGUUCGCUUCAGGGGGGGGUAGGAACCCGGUCACUGCUGUUCAACAGUGUACUGAAGAAGUCGAAUUUAUUACUACAAAAACGCGAAAGUUGAUCGACGAUUGCAUCGCGAGCCCGCUGGCAGACGAUUUGCUUGCGGCGAACGGUGACAAAACGGAUGCCAUGCAAUCACCUUUGAGAUUCGUGCCGACGAUAGUGAUCAACGGGGUAUACUCGAAGGAAAAUCAAGAUGAGGCGCUAAGUAACUUCCCCAAAUUGAUUUGUCGGCAUUUGACGAAGAAGGAUGAUAGGCCAAGCGCCUGCGAAGACGAAAAUCCAGAGAAUUAAAAAAUGGUAGGAUCGAGCCACGUAUGUGUGGAAGGUGUGGUGAUGCAUAAACUUGUUCGAAAUAAAUGAUAUAUUUAGUUCACCUAUAAUAUACAUUAGUGCCUAUGUACAAAAAUAUAUACGAUUUAUCAAGUACAACGAAUGAGUAUAAAAUUGAUCGUAGAAAGAGAGAAACGAAACAAUGAGAUCGCAGCGACAGGAUAAACGCGUCGUUAAUCGGCGAAUCAUCCACGCUUCCUUUUCUCCUAAGAAAAAACACGUCUAUUAUAUAAGAAGCAACAUAAUUAUUUCUUUUUAAAAUUGAAGUUUA